UUGAGGUUCUGUCUGAUCAGCCGGAUGAUGUGGCAGCAGACUCAGUGUUUCUGUCUUAUUCUGUCGAGGAUCAUCACAGGGUCUUUUUCUGAUUCUUGGGACAUGAAGGUCUCUCCGGUGGUCUCUGUCCCCAGAGGAGAAGACGCUGUCCUCAGCUGCUCCUUCACCCAUCCCAAACAGCAGGACUUUUCAGGGAAGAUCACCGUUAAAUGGCUGGCUAGAGAAACGAGUGCUUUUCCGUUCUUCAGAUGUUCAGUUCAAAACAACUCCAUGGAAAGAUUCAGCGACUGUUCAGUUUCCGGAUUAAAAUAUUCCCUGGCGGGAGAUCCUCGAUGGGGGGAGCUGUCACUCCUCAUCAGGAGGGUACAUCUGACUGAUAACGGGACGUACUUCUGCCAAGUGGAGCUGGAUAAUGGUUGGUGGAAUAAUUUACAAAAAGAGACACAGCUUUAUGUAACAGCUAAACCCCAGAUCCUGAGCCUGUCCGUGGUUGAGACGAGCCCUGGCUCAGACAGCUCCACCCGGAGGCUGCAGUGUGAGGCGGAGGGCCACCCGCUGCCCACCAUCACCUGGCUGUCAGCUUCCAACAGCCCAAUAGGAGACCAGGUCCAGACCUCUAACGUCAGCCCGUACCGGCUGAUCAGCUCUGUGCCGUACCUGGAGGAGGAUGUGUUUACCUGCAGGGUGGAGAGCCGGCUGGGCGGAGCAGAGUGGAGGUAUCCACCCAGUAAUACUCUGAUAAUAACUCUGACUGUUUGUGGCCUCAUCGCGCUGCUGCUGCUGCUGUCGACAGGGUUCAUCUGCUAUACAAGAAACAAAGCUCGUGUCAAGUCGUCUCCUGGUUGUGAAAAUACUGACACAGAGGAGAAUCAUCAACAAGGCUCGGACUCUCCUGCUGAGGGCGACGUUGAGCUUCAGCUGGUUUACUCCGCUGUCACUGUGACCAGCUCCGCUUCCUCUCAACAUGCUACUUUCAGAAGCUCCACAAAACACCAGGAGGAACCAGGCGUCUUCUACUGUGAUCGUUCAGCAGCAAGUAAAGAUUAACAAAAAAGUCCCUUCAACAUCAGAUCCUGUGAACGCUAGAAAAUAUAAAUGUGUUUAGAAAGAGACAUUUCACAUCGUUCUUCCUCUGGAAAUCCUUUUCAGUGCUGCCAUGUAUUGUGGCAACAGCGUUACUCCCCAAUGGCAGAUCAGCAUUGCAGUUUUUCUCAAUUGCUAAAACACAAUUUCUGAAACCACUAAACACAAAACCUCCUCUUCGAGCGCUAUUUACAAAACCUCUGACUCCUCUCGUGAAAUGAAACUCUCACCUCGAAACAGUUUCACCCGCGUUCAAAAUCAAGCUCUGCUCUGAAAUCAUAAACAGAAUGACGCACACCAUCACGCAGUCAAUGAACAACACACCAAACAGCAGAAAGCACAUUGUUCAGAACAUCGCUCUCAGGGAGAAGCACAUUUUUCAUCUCAGAACAGACGUGAUAUUUCUGCGUCAUCGUCUUUUGAUGAACGGAAACGUGUUCUGUCAGAGCAGAUCAAAAAUCAGAAGUGACUGUUGUUCUUCCUCCUUGUUUUUCCAGUCCUGCGCCUCACAGACUGCUCCUCUGUGACGCUGCGAUGAACCUGCAACCGGUCAAAACCUACGGAGCCGUCAGAGCUGUGAACAGAUGGAAAGCACAGUGUUCAUCAUGCGAUGUGUUCAGUGUACAGUAUACAGCCUGCACUGCGCUGCAGUAUACAACACUACAGUUUUUUUCCAGUUGCUAACAAGCGUCGUUCAACACUGAAACCACAUUUUCAAAACUCUUCACACAGUCUGCAUCAGCAGCAUGAAUGUUGGCCAAACAGCUGAUCUC